AUGACGGUGACUCGACAAUUGACCAAAACUGCGGCACGAGUCUUUGGUCAGCUCGAGGGCGGCGGUAAUCCCGUCACGAUCUUUACGUCGUCUGUAUCGUUGCAACCCGCCACGCGGGUGGCCCUCGCGCAAAGCUGUGCCUGGGAAAGUGUCGUGGUGGAUCGGACACGUCGGUCCAUGGCCUUUUACCUCCCGACGGGAGAACCGGUCGACUUUUGUGCACACGCUGCCAUGGGAGGAGUCACACAAUUAUUGGCCCCGUCCGCUGGUUCGGACGCAUCCCAAUCCGUGUCCUUUACCACGGACCACGCCGACGACACGACGCGUUAUACGGCACACCUCCACGACCACAACAUUGUAGCGCUGGACCUACGGACCGUGUACGAAGAGGCGCCCGUGCCUCAUCCACCCACCGUGCGUCGGAUUCUGCGCGAAGCCUUUGGACUGCGCGCCGGCGACUUGACGCAACCGCCGCCCCGACAAUCGGCAGACGCGAAACCACCCUACCCCACACUCCGCAACGCCAGUGUCGCGCGUCCCAAAACCCUCGUAUACGUCAAUUCUUUGGAAACUCUGCACGCCGUCAAGGUACCACCCGUCACGAAUCACCAUUUCCGUGUCGCCUGCGACGCGAUUGGUUCCACCGGUGUGUACCUGUACGCGUUCGACGCCGCGGACGACACCUGGGCCUGUCGGCAGUUCCCGCGGGCGUCCGGGUAUCCCGAAGACCCCGCCACGGGCGUUGCCGCCGCGGCUCUCGCUGUGGCGCUGCACAAGGCCGGACACGUUCGGGAUGCCUACAAGUGUACGCAAGGGACCGCCAUGGGGCAAGGGUCCGUCCUACUCGUGGAAGAUAUCCAACGCCGCAACGCCGACAACCACGUGUCGCUACGGAUCCUGGGACGAGUGGAAACCGACGAAUCCGAAGUUAUGGAGAUUGAGGAACCGGAGUAA